AUGGCUUCGAGACGCCUCCUCGUACUCGGAGUACUCUCUUCUGUCGUACUGCUGCAGAGCCUGUCUCACGCGCAGUUCGAUGCCAACCUGACGUUGCAGAGCACGUUCGGCCACCUGCGAAAGCGCGCCCGCUCUCUCCUGCGUUGCUGGAGCGAGGAGCGCGAUGCGGCGCACAUCAUGUUCGACCGGCCCGGCGGCCUUCCCCGCGCCUCGCAGAAGCUCAUGCAAGGCUCCGAGGCGCACGUCCUCAUCAUGCUCGGAAGCGCGGGCCUGUCGCGCACCGGCCUGUUCUCGUGCCGCGUAGAUUCAGGUGGCAUAACCACCGUGGUGGACACGAUCAAGCUGCCACCCAUCCAAGACGCACAGGUGGAGCCGCUGCAGGCAUACGUGGUGGCUCACAUGGGCGAAACUGUGCACCUGAGCGUCACCAAGCGUGUGCACCUGAACCAGCCCCUGGUGUGGCGGCUUGAAGGGAUGGAGCUUCAGGAUUUCGAAGACAGUGAGACGGUGACGCUGGCGAACGUCGAUCAGGGUGACGCCGGAGUCUACGAGUGUCACUACCGCGGACAAAGGGAUGCCAGACUGCACGCAUGGAUACGGCUGGUCGUGGCCGGUUGUCCUCAAGGCAAGUUCGGCCCGACGUGCCAAGAAGACUGUCCUCCUUGUCGUAACGGCGGCAUGUGUCACGACACAUACGGCGUGUGCGUCUGUCCCGCCGGAUUUGCCGGACCCAACUGCGACACCCCAUGUGGUCCCAACCGGGUUGGUGCCCAAUGCGACCGCGCUUGCACCCCGGGGGAAUUGCAGGACAGUGAGCGCAGGGGCUGCGCACUGCACGUUUUUUGCAAACCUGACCCCAUGAGCUGCUCCUGUGCGCCAGGAUUCAAGGGACCCCAAUGCAACCAAGAGUGCGAGGCCGGUUAUUACGGCGCCGACUGCCUGCAGCGGUGUCACUGUGCGGGUGAUGGUGACUGCGACUCCAUCACUGGACAGUGCUCGAAAGGAUGUUCUUCAGGGUGGAUGGGUGAAUCGUGUCACAUUCCAGGUGACAGCCCCACGACAUCAACCAAGUCAAUGCCUACGCUGAAGCCCAGCUGUCCGCCGGGCUCGUACGGGAAGACGUGCUCGCACCACUGCCACUGCGCCGAUGGCGAGGCCUGUGACCCAUCUUCGGGCGAGUGUCCGGGCUCCUGCCAGCCGGGUUACUCAAGGCCCACCUGCUCAGAGUGCCUGUCCGGGAUGUUCGGCGAUAACUGCUCCCUGUCGUGCCACUGCUGGAACGGCGACCAGAACUGCAUGUCUGACGGACGAUGCCACGAUGGCUGUGCUGCCGGUUGGACGGGAGAACGCUGCCAGCAAGCCUGUACAACUAACACGUUCGGGCCGGACUGUGCGUACGAGUGCCACUGUGCCGAGGACAGCGGCGCAUGCAACCCCGUGUCCGGAACCUGCAGUGCCUGCGAGGCCGGAUACCAGGGCCUCAGUUGUCAGGAAAAGUGCAAGGCAGGAAAGUACGGCGAGAACUGCUCGGAGAGCUGCUCGUGCCUUCACGGCGAGACCUGUGACCACGUCAACGGCAGCUGCCAGUGCACGGGACGCCACCGGGGUCACUCGUGCGACGAAAUGGUGCCCGAAGUGCUGCCAUCAGAAGAACUGGAGGUCGACCAGGGACACCCAGGCUCCCUUGAGUGUCUUGUCGAGGCCAAUCCCGCACCCGUCGUCGAACUCAGCAACCAGGAGACUCGCAAGAACUUUACCAACGUGACGGUGAAGGACGUGGGCGGCGACACCUACAAGGCAUCGGCACCGCUGCCCCGGAGCAUGGAGCCAGGAAGCUACAAGUUCCACUGCACCGCCAAAAAUGAUCACGGCUUCGACGUCGGAACGCUACACGUGACAGUUCUGGGUCCCCCCGAGCUGACCUCCCCGCCGAAAGUGAAGGUGUCCGCCGACUCGGCAGUAGCAUCCUGGGAACCUUCCAACUCGCCAAUCAAGAAGCGGGGUGGGCGAGGCAACCAGAUCGAGUACCAGCUGCACUUUCGCGUGAAAUCUUCCGGCGGAAACUGGACGACGGCGGGACCGUGGCAGACAGCGGUGCGCCAGGAUGUCUCGCCUCUCGAUCCGGACACGGAGUACGAGUUCGCAGUGCAACUGCGAAGGGGAAAGUUGACCUCCUGGGGACCCCCUGUGUCUGUGCGCACACCCUGUCGAGCGGACAGCCCCGAGGCGGUGCCGAAAAACGUGGCAGCCAAAGCCCUCUCGGACAAGCGCAUUUCCAUUCAGUGGGAGAGACCGGACCCCAAGCUACUGGGCUGCAAACUGGUGGGCUUCGAGGUGCACCUCAAUGCACGCAGCUCAACGUCGAAAGUGCAUAGCUUGGACGCCGACACGUUGAGCACCGUGGUGGACGACCUUGACGCCGACAGCAGCUAUGACGUGGCCGUUUACGCUGUCACCUCCGUGGGACGCAGCAUGUACAGUGGAUCGGCUACUGCAAAAACGGCACCGUCAGUUCCGGGCCCCGUGGAGCACCUGAGCGUGGUCCGGACGAAUGCCACCGAGGCCUUGAUCACGUGGGAUGCUCCUUCGGGAGAGCGCCACCCGCAGCAGCUGGAGUACCGCGUGGCUCUCCUUGCUAGGGACCUGGGAGGAUGUGGUGGCAAGGGUUCCGAACAAGUGUCCCUCACUCAAUCUACGCAGUUUCAGGUCGAAGGGCUCGUACCGCACUCGUGGUACGAGGCACGUGUGAGCGCCAGCAGAGGUCAUGGAUACGGCAAAAGGAGGGAGAUCGGCUUCCUCACGGCUGCUGCCCCACCUAGCAAGCCUCCUGGCAAUGUACACGUGGUGUGGGCAUCGUCGAGGAGUCUGCACCUGAGCUGGGAGGAGCCUUCCUGCAGUGACUCGCAUGGCCCUCUCCUCUUUUACCGCGUCCUUUACUAUGCUGACUCAAGAGCAGAGGAUGAACAUUGGGCGAAUACCACAGACACGAACUUGACGCUCCAGGGCCUGCUACCUUUCGAAAAGCACACUAUGCGCGUAAGGGCCGUCAACAGUGCCGGAGAAGGUCCUCUCAGUUCUCGUGUGAUGGUCAGCACAACAGAAGAUGUACCCGGUGAGCCCGAGUGGUUUGAGGUCGCUGUGGUUAACGAGACCACUGCUCGGCUGGCGUGGCAACCACCCCAAGAACCCAAUGGUGUCCUCACCGGUUACGAGAUUACAGUAAUGGUGCAGGCCGACAACGGCACAGAGGAUGAGGGUUCAGUUCUCCUAGCCACGGUUGUGGGAGCUGACGUGAGGGACCUGCUGCUGCCGCAGCUCUUAAACGGACGCAGCUACACCGCCACUGUGAGGGCAACCACGAGCGUGGGACACGGCCCUGCCCUCGCCGUCCACUUUUCCAAGGUCUCGUUGGUGGGUGCGUCGGUGCAGAACGACAAAUUCAGGUAUCUACAAUCCAUGAUUCUAUGGAUCAUGGUUGUCUUCUGCGUUGCCAUCUUUCUACUUGUGGUCAACGUGGCACUCGUGAUAAUCGUCAGCCGUAGGAAGCGCCGUAGUCUGGAUGUCAGCAGUGGCCCGUUCAGGACUUCGACAGCCUCGACCAUGGAGCUCGAAGAGUUCGAGCGCUGCAAACAUCCUGCGCCGGGGGACACCGCCUCCGACGACGGCGUCUUCGUUGACUGGACUCCGCCCCGCUCGUUCCAGAGCACUUACAUCUAGGAUGGCGCGCACAUUGUCGGCCUAGCUAUCGCCGACAGAAUGAUUAAUUCCGCGAUGACCAAUUUCGCAUUUCGACCACUUCCUUUCGGGGCCUACCGUCCUGCUCUGCUCGAGUCGCUGAUUAUAGGCGGGACUCGUUGCGACCAGGAAUUGAACAUUCCACAUCUUUCAACAGCUUUCGAGAACGGUCUGUGAUUUACUUGCGGCCCAGAUGUUGGCGCCCGAGCAAUAAACCGCUGUUGUGAUACAAAUAUAAAGCUGAUUUACGCAAAAUUUAUUCCACCAAUGCAGGCUGUGGAAUUCUGCAGAGCUAGAGGAUUACUUGAUAGUUCUCAAGCCUCGUAUUCUUUAGAAUUUCAGAACUAAUAAAAUCUUUCUGUGUUUGUACGUCGAUUACGUCUCGACAUUCUCGAUUAUUUAUGAGUUCAUUUUCUACUGUGAUCAUCACGCAAGUGUGAACUUGGGCGUGCAAUUACCUGCAUCCCAAUUCGAAACUAUGCAAAUAAAACACUAGUGGUCCCC